AUGUGGGAGAAGAAAGCUGCCACCUUGACGGAAAAUUCAUCCUUGCAGGACCUCCUUCUGAUGUCUCUAGACUUGUUCCCGGAGACUAUCCGCCGGUUCUGGAGAGUGUCGGCCUUGAAACCCGAAGAUUUUCUUGAAAUAUUGCUGAGUUGUGGGCCAGAGAUGAAUUUGAGAAAAGUGGAUUUCUUAUGGAAGUUGUUUGGCUGGGCUGCUAGGCAGGGUGAGGGUUUUCAUCAUCUUCCAAGGUCUUAUGAGAUUAUGCUUUCAAUGCUUAUUCAAGAACAGAUGUAUGAUGAAGCGGAGUCAUUGCUUCUGUCUGAUGAUACCCGGGGAGUUGUCUCUGGAGCUGGUGAGAUGUUUAGUGCAGUCAUUCAAGGUUAUGCUAAUGCUUCAAGGAUGGAUGAUUCAAUUGCAUUGUAUGAUAAUGCUAGAAAUCAAGGCUUAGUACCAUCCGUUUCCUGUUUCAAGGCUCUCCUUAAUGCUUUGAUUAGGAAUAAGAAUGCCGAGUUUGCUGUAAGAGUUUAUAUGGAUAUGAUAGAUGUUGGGAUGUUUGGAAUCAAAGCCAGUCUUGCAGUUCUCUCAGAAAUUGCUGAAGGUUACUGCAAGAAGAAAGAUUAUGAAGAUAUGCUUAAGUUUAUGAAGGAAUGGGAAGUCAUCCCCAAAACUCAUAGUUGUAAUAAAAUAACUUCUGCUCUGUGUAGGAAUUUAGCUUCUGAAGAAGCUUGGUCCUAUGUGCAGAAGAUGGAGGUUUUAGGUUUUGAUCCGGAUGCUGUAACAUUUGGAAUUCUUAUUGUUCAAAGUUGCAUUGAAGGAAAACUGAAAAGUGGCUUCCUUUUUUUGGCUGAAUGUUUCUCUAGAAAAAUAAAGCCUGAUGUUUGUGCUUAUAAUGCAUUAAUCAGUGGGGUUUUUAAGGAGGGGAUGGGUCAGCAUGCAAAAGUUAUUUAUGAGGACAUGAUCGAGAAGGAUUUAAAGCCAGAUUUAGCAACUUUCAGGAUUCUGUUGGCAGGCUACUGUCUGUGUAGACAAUUUGAUGAAGUUAAAGAGGUUAUCAGUAAGAUGGUGGAUUGUGGUAUGAUUUCUCUGGCUUUCACUGAGGAUGCUCUCUCGAAAGCCUUUAUGUUGUUGGGUCUUGAUCACUUGGGUGUGAAAGUGAAGCGGGAUAAUUAUGCCGGGCUUUUGAAAGCUGAAUUCUUCGACUCUCUUGGUAAUGGUCUAUACUUAGAGACUAAUCUUGAUGAAUAUGAACGGAUCUUAGAUGAUAUAUUGAAUAAUGAGAUUAUCCCCAAAUUUGAUUCCCAUUUACUAAAGUACUGUCUGGAAGGUGAUAUAGGAAGUGCACUCAGAGUGAUGAAGAAAGUGGUUCAGUGGGGGCAUGCCGUCUCUUUGUCUACAUUCUUCACAUUACUGAAAGGCUUAUGUGAAUCUCUGAAUCACAUAAAAGAAGUAAUUAGUUUAUUGGAUGAAAUGCCUGAAUUAUAUAACCAAUUAGAAAAAGGCACUCUUAAUUUUCUUAUUCAAAGUUUAAGCAAGAACUGGAUGACAAUGCAUGCGAAGUUGAUGGUUGAUGAGAUGCUCAAAAAGGAAAUGCUGGUUGAGAGCAGUACUUAUACAGCUCUGAUAAUGGGAUUCUGCAAAGAAGACAAUAUUGGAGGACUUAAAGAAUGCUUGGAAGUUGCAAAAGUUAUUGCUUGGCUGCCAGCUCUUGGGGAGAUAAAGGUUCUUAUCAGUUGUCUGUGCAAGUGGAGUAUGAUCAAGGAAGUGCUAGACCUUUUUGAUAUUCUCGCUCCAAGGAACUGCCACUUGUUCUUCAAUAUUUGCAAUGACAUUCUAAGGGAGUUGUGUGCGGGGAAUUUUACAAUCAUCGGAUGCUUAUUGCUGGAGGAGCUUCUUCAGAGGGGCUUUAUUUUGGAUCAUGAAGCCUAUGUAAACAUAAUCAAAGGUUUUAUAAAGGAGCAGAAAUUUGCUGAAGCAUUAGGGAUUGUUGAUAUUGUACUUGGGAAGAACAUAAGCCUAUCAGAAAGUUCAUAUCAAUUAUUUGUACCUUUGUUGAUCCGGUUUAACCGAGUUGAGGAGGUAAUUAAUCUAAAGCAAGCAAUGUUAAACAGGCAACCAGAAACUGUUAAUUUUCUUUAUGGCCCCAUUUUGAAUCAUUUAUGCAAAUUAGCGAGGAUUGAUGAGGCGACAGUUCAGUUGCGACAAGUGCUUGCUGCUAAGGUAUAUCCAGAUGACAAGACCCUUAACAUCUUGUUGCAGGGAUAUUGUGAAGGAAACAAUUUGGGAAAGGCAUGUGAGAUACUACCUAUAAUUUUCAGGCAUCACUCUGCUCUUUCCCUUGCUAGCUUUCGUUGUCUAGUUCGCCAAUUUUGUGCACAUGAUCUACUAUCUAGUGCCUUUAAACUUAGAAAGAUGAUUGAUCAGGGAGGAGGGAUUCAACCUCUCAUCUUAUAUAAUAUCUUGAUUUAUUAUUUGUUUCAAUUGGGAUGCAGUUUGCAUGUCGAGAUUUUGUUAAAUGAAAUGCAAACAACUCAUGUGUCUCCGGAUCAAGUUACUUAUGAUUUCCUCAUAAGCGGCUUUUCUAGGUGUGGAAAUUUCUCAAAAUCUGUGGAGGUACUUCAUACAAUGGUUUCCAAGGGUUUGAGACCAAGCAACCGUAGCCUACGAAAAGUAGUUUGUUGCCUUUGCAAUAGCAGCAGACUUGAUGAAGCUUUAGCACUGAGCACGGUGAUGGAACAUAGAAGGUGGAAGUACGGUUCAGUCAUCCAAAAUGCAAUUGUUGGAGGCCUUCUUUCAUCUGGACAACAUAAAGAAGCUGAACUCUUCUUGAAUAGAAUUGAAGAAAAGGAUCUGAUUCUCAAGACCACCGACUAUGAUCUUCUGAUUAAACAAUUUUGCAAACAUGGGAGCAUGAAAAGGGCUGUGGAAUUGUUGAAUGUGAUGCUAAAGAAGGGCAAGCAUCCUAAUGAAACUAGUUAUAAUUCAGUCAUCUGUGUUCUAUGUGCUUCUAAAUCAUUUGAUCUCGCUCUCGACUUCUAUUCAGAGAUGCAGCACAAGAACCUUAAGCCAUAUAUGGAAACAUGUGAUAGACUCAUCUAUGGCCUUUGUAGCAAUGGGAGAACUGAUGAAGCCAACACAGUCCUUGAAACACUGCCGCGCUGUGGUUUGAUUCCCACCAGUCAUAUGUACAAGUAUAUAAUCGAUAGAUACUGUGCAGAAAAUAAUCUGGACAAAGCAUCAAAACUAUUACAUGAGAUGCAGCAAAAUGGAUGUUCACCCAAUUUUGAGACUCAAUGGACUUUAAUAAGCAGUUUAAGCAAUGACACUAGAAAGGAAAGAAGUAAAGUUGGUGAGGGAUUCUUGUCUCGUCUUCUCUCUGACAGCAGCCCUUUCUCGAACGCUUUUUAAAUAUGCAUCACCGUCAUUGUAACUCUCCUAGUGACAGUGGCAACAUCUUGGUUUCAGUUUUUGUUUCAGAAUCAGUACUUGCUUGCUGAAGUUGAGAUACGAAAUUAAUUAAAGAUUGUUGUCAAAAGUGCAAGAGAGCUAAGGAUUUUAGAAUCAAUUCAUCCAAAGUACAAUGCAUAUCACGACGAAAGUUGGUCUUGAAAGUAAAACCUGACACUAUACUCGAUGAGAGGAAAUUUUGGAUUGCAACUAGAUUCAAGUAUUGUUUAGUGAAGCUCUCCUGCAAGAAAAGUUCUCUUUGCAACAAUUUACCAGGUGUUUUUUUUAAGCUGGUUACUACAAACAACGAUCGUCGAAACUUGCAUAAUUUAUCUGCAAAAAAAAGAAAUUUCACUUCAGAUUACUGUUUUGGAUCUUGGAGCUAAACCAUCACACUGCAUUACUGCUGCAAUCUCCUGCUUUCCUUUCAUUUUUGUUUCAAUCAACUCCCACCCAUGUGUAUCUGUGUAUCUACAACUCUUUCGAGAGAUGUAUAUAUAUGUAUAUUUUUGAAGCUUGAUGAUUUUCUAUAAGUUUUUAAA